AUGUCAUUCAUCACUUAUAGUAAUAAUCAAAUACCCAUACAACAAACAACUGCACCACCACCAAGAUAUAUGAAUCAACGUCGACGUGGUGGUGUUUUUGGGGGCAAUCAGCCUACCUUUGGGGGCAAUCAGGGUAACAAUAGUUAUUAUCCUAUCAACUUUCGUAAUUAUGAAAACUUUCGUAAUUAUCAAAAUUAUCAAAAUACAAAUCGUCGAAAUGUCUUUUAUAAUCGAAAUUAUCAACCACAACGCUAUUAUAGUGGUUAUGGCAUUAUAAAUCAACCACAAUUUCAACAAGAAAGAUUUUUUCGACAACCAAAUAGUCGUACAGAUCAAAGAAGAAGAAGUCGUUCAAUUCAACAACAACAACAAAGAAGAAGUCAAUCAAGACAACAACGUCAACGUCGUCCACGACAAUUAAAAUUAAAUGAUUUUAUGCCAAUAGAAUUACGUGAACGUUUACCUAGUCUUGAAAAUCUUCCACCAGAAUUUAACUUAAAUGUGCCACCAGAUGCAUUACCACAACGUGAAAUUUUUGCAACUACAACAAAUAAUAAUAAUAAUACAACACAACCAUUUGUAGUAAAUCAAAAUAAUCAAAAUUGGCAACAACAACAGCAAAAUCGACAAAUAACUACAACAGCAUCAUUUAGACGUCGCCAACGUCGAAAUCGACAAGGACAAUAUCGUCAAAAUAGAGAUGUUAAUAAUAAUCGAUUUGCUGCUUUAGCUAAUACACAAGAUAUUGAUCCAGAUGAAAUUGAAAUAAUCAAUGAAGAAUCAACUAAUAAUAAUAAUAAUAAAAAAUCAAAAAAGACACAACUCUAUCUCGAACCAAAUCGAAUGUUAAAAUGGUUUGAAGAUAAAUUUACAAAAGGUACAAAAAAUCCGCUAAGUAGUCGUGGUAAUCAAGCUUAUCUAUUAGCUAGUGCACCUAUCUAUGAUAAAUGGGUCAGAGAUAAUUACAAAUUACAAAUCUGGCAAACAUAUUUAAAAAUGGGCACAGAACAAAACCAUUGGGCCAAAGAAGUCGUUCAACGUACAAAAAAACGUGAUAAUAUAAUAAAUACUCGUUUUGUACAAAAGAAAAUUAAUCGACUAACACAAAAUAUUACUGAAGCUAGUGCUACUAUUUCCAAUUUACAAAUCCAAUUAACUACAUAUUGGACACAAGUAAAUGGAGAAAAAUUAACUGAUAUUAUAGGAAAUAUUGUCUAUGAUAAAAUUAAUAAUAAAAAAUCUACAACAGCAGCUACAACAGUAACUAGCCCAACAACAGCACCAACGACAACUACAACAACAACAACAAGUUUAAAAAAUCAAAUUCGUGAACCUACAGAACGAUUAGAAAAUUAUAUUUUAGAAUAUAAUUAUACAUAUACACAACAUGUAAAGAAAUUGGCUGAAACAAAAAUUCAAUUGGCCAAAGCACAAUUAGAUGAAUUUAAAGCUCUUGAAGAAUUUGAACAAAUAGCUACUCCAGCUCAAUGGAAUAUUCAUUUAACUUUAAAACCUAAAAUAAAACUUUGGUCAACUAAAAAUAAAAAUUAUCUUAUAGCAACCAAACGUGUUGAAUAUGAUAUACCUCCAAAAUUUAUUGAAAAAGUCGAUUUUUCAUUUAAAAUUGACGAAUCAAUUAUAAAUCAAGAAGAAGCACAAGCUACAUAUAAUCAAAUGCGUCAAAUUACUAAAGAUUUUCGAAUACAAGCAAUAACAUUAUACGUACAAUCAGUAACUCGAGAAAAUGAAUUAUUAUCCAAUGAAAUUAAACGUAUUAUUGAAGGCUUCCCUCAAGAUAAUGACGAUGGUUUUGAUGCUGAACCUGGUUAUGCAGCAUUCAAACAUUACCAUAAUUUACGUGAAAAACGAUUGAAUUUAGAAGCCGAACAAUCGAUUCAUUUUUUAUCCGAACAGCAAGUCGAGGGCGACACAAACGAUCUACAACAACAAGAAAUAAUUGCCCCGACUUUAAUUCGAUCGCUGGGCAAGGAAUUCUUGCUCCAGCCAUAA